AUGGCCGCCGACGCAGGAAACUGGUGUUUGAUUGAAAGUGAUCCAGGUGUCUUUACUGAGAUGCUUCAAGGACUUGGCGUUUCCGGAGUCCAAGUUGAAGAGCUAUACUCUCUACAAGACUAUGAGACCGGUUUAUUAAAGUUCGAAGAACUAUAUUGUUGAGAAUAUAAUUUGCAUUGUUCUAGACCUGUUUACGGUCUCAUAUUUCUCUUCAAGUGGCGACCUGGAGACGAAAUUAGUGGCCAUCCAGCUCCAGAAGCUACAAACGUUUUUUAUGCGCAACAGGUAUUCUCAUUGGAUCUUAUCAUGAAAAACUGCCGACUAGUUCCUCUAUCACUUCAAUGAAACAGUUCAUUUCAAGGUUAUCACAAAUGCGUGUGCAACACAAGCUUUGGUAAACAUGUUAAUGAAUAUUGACGACCCGAACGUGAAGUUAGGAAGUGUCCUGUCAGAAUACAAGGAGUUCACCAAGGAUUUCGACGCAUCUGUAGGCCAAACAGUAGCUAUUUCUCUUCAAAAGGAUACUUUCAGACACGUGGAUUGUGUUUGUCCAACUCCGAAUCAAUUCGAUCCGUUCACAACAGUUUUGCGCGCCCAACUCUUUACGAGAUUGAUGUAAAAGGAGGCAGGGAUGAAGACAAUUUUCACUUCAUUUGUUAUGUCCCUGUGGGAAAUCAGGUUUCCAGUUUUUUACUGCUUUCAGGGUGACAUUUGUGAAAACUCCUAGGUUUUUGAACUAGAUGGCCUUCGGGAUUAUCCUAUCAAAGUCGCUGACAUUCCGGAAAACAAGGAAUGGCUUGAAUGUGUUCGGCCGGUUAUUCAAAACAGGAUGGACAAGUAACAGUUUGUUUUGUUGUCAUGAGAUUUCAAAAUGAACUGAAAAACUUGAAAAAUUUCACUUAGCGAAAGGUGAAGGCUAAGCAAACUUUCAGAUGUAUCUAUGCUACAACUUGCGCCCUACAAACAUUUAUUGAUUACUUUUAUUAGCAUGGUAGUACACAAUUAGUGUCAUCGUUUGCACAUACUCAAAAACAGAACAAAAAAAUCAAUAAUUAAGAUACAAUGAAGGCGAAAUUCACUUCAACUUGAUGGCUCUGAUCCCGAAUCGCAAAGAAAACCUGCAAGCGAUGCUAGAACGUAUUGAGGAAGCAAACGAGAAUGAUUGCCUCGCCGAGCAAAUCGAAGACAUUAAAAGGGGGAUCGCCGACGAGGACUACAAAAUGAAGCUGUAAGUGGAAACCUGAACCGAUGUUUUGAUUCUUCUUUCUGAAGGUAUCGAAAGGAAAACGCGCGUCGGCGUCAUAACUACCUUCCCUUUAUACUGGAACUCAUGAAAGCGUUGGCCAAAGAAGGCAAAUUGGUCGGCCUCGUAGACAAGGUUCGUUUAACAGGUUAUAGAGUUUUUCUUUUUCUUUAUGAGGUUUUCAAAAUAAAAUACACAUUUCUUCAAAACUUUAAUAAUUUGGUCUUAUACAUAUUUCCUGUUUUAGAUCAUUAAAAAAUAUAAACUGUUCAAGAAUUAACGUGUAUUUCCAACUAACUGUAUCUCACUUAGUUGCUGGAUGCUAAAUUGCGCCUGUGCAAACGAGUAGUCAUCCCACGUUUUUUGGCUAAAGCGUUUUCAAAACCUGCAAAACUGUUCUAGUUUUAAUUGGCUUUCUCAUCUUCAUCCUUCUUAAGAGGACGAUGUAUAAGUGUCCCUGAUUAUCAUAUUGACUUCAGGUCUCGUGCUCCUACUUCGCGCGCAUAAAUUUAAAAAAAAAUUAUAAUUUCAAUGUCUUUCAAGCCUCGAAAAGAAGUUUGAAACAGAAGGCUCCUUUUUUCACGGCGUUUGUUACAAAAGUUUAGACAUACAGCCUUUUCUCGUUCUUUAUCUAUUCUAGCAUUGUGAAAAAUGUUUUCUAGGCCAUUGAGACGGCUUAUGAACGAGCAGGCGUUUUGACAACCGAGAAGACAAUGCUUCAGCUCAAACGAAAGCAAUAA